AUGAGCAGCUACCAGCAGCUACCGGGCGGCGAAGGAAGGAUUCGGGGGCUGUUCCGGCGGGGACAUCGUUGCCAUCCUGGCCAAUCUGCUGCUCACUCAUCUCCUGCACCGCGCCCUGCCGGCCCAUCUGGCCAGCUCCAGGCGAUCCGCGCUCGAGAGCGUGACGCUGGUCAUGCCUUUGCUGGCAAUCACCACCGUGCUUGGCCACCGGCUCUGGCCCGCGACCGACGUUCUCGGCCUGUGCGUUUUGAUGGCGUGGGGGCGAAGGGGAGGGGCGCGGGAGGAGGCGGCGCUGGCGCCGCUGGGGAUGGCCAAGCGCCGAUCGAGCCCGGCGCGGCAGGCCGGGACAGUCACCGAGCAGGCUCCGCUCCUCGAUCCCGCCGCCACGCCCGGCUUCAGCCCCCCCUCCGCUUCCACCAGCCCUUCCUCACCGUCUAUCGCGUCCAGCUCGUCCUGCUCACCGCCCUCUCCAUCCUCGCCGUCGACUUCACCAUCUUCCCCCGCAAGUUCGCCAUGACCGAAUCAUGGGGCAUCUCCCUCGUCAGUCUCGUUUGCUCGAUACUUCUUGAAGCCCCUCCUCGAAUUCCCCACAGGGAGGCCUAUUGA